AUGAACGGCGAUAUCCAUCCGCUUCCCGCCUGGACCUCUCGUCACCAUUUCCUCCCGCCAAUUGCGCUGCCUUCGUCCAAGGCAUCACCACUCACCAUGCAGGUGCAGUACCUCGAACCACCCCGGCCACUCUCCCGCAACCCCUCGUCCAAGCGCCAGAAUCCCGUCUCGCGAACCACCUCGAACGCAUCCUCCUAUCGAACGGCCAACGACACCUUUAGCGAUGCGCUCGACACGGUGGACUCGGCCUCCGCGUCCAACUCGACCUCUCCGCCCACCUCGAUCGACUCGCAGUACGAAGUGAUCCACUCGGCACGUCACGGAAAGGCGCUGGUCAUAGAGCAACCGACGCUGGUCAACUUUGUGCCCACCUCGGAGAUUCAGACCGCCGUUAGAGUCACCGCAGACCGCGUGGUGAUCGACACCAUUCUCCCGCCCACCGCCGUCCUGCGUGCAUCGAACGUUGUCAGGCGUCCAGCCGGAUCUCAUGUGACGGAGCAAGUAGCAAAGGACUUCGAUGCGACAGAGCUGCUGAAGAAGCACGAGGAGGAGCUGAUUGCGAUGCUGUCAGAGAAGCUGACGGCGAAUUACGACCCAACCGGAACGAUCAAGGGGGAGAUCUUGACGACACUGACGCAGGUGACAAGGUUUCCAGACCCCAAGGGCAUCGAUGGGAAAAACAAGAAGGGCGUCUGCCCGUGUAUCUGCUGCGAAAUGGGAUGCGAGGCGCCCCUGGAGCCGUGGAACGAGGUGACAGGAGAGGAGGCUGCGAAGCUGCAACCCAAGGAGGCGGAGGCGAGCACUUCGCAGCCCGUUGCUGAAGCCGUACGGACAGAGACGCCGCAGCCUCAGCCUACUGCAACACCGGUAGAACCAACGAAGGAGGUGCCGGCGAGCACUGGCGCCAACACGACCGAUGCAAAACCUAGCAAGGAAAGGAGAACGUGGCUUGUCUCACUGCACCGCAACAAGGACAGGAAGCAGAAGGAUGAUGUCGCGAAGGGCAAAGACAAGCCCGACCAUUAUGGAUUCAUGGACAGAUUCCAUCUGCCAAACUUUGCUCGGUUUUCCCGCUCCCGCACGGACAACAACCUCGUCGCUCACUACAACGAGCCGAAAGUCCUCCCUGUGGCUGCGUCUGUGCCGCAAAAGGCGACGAGCGAAGCUGUCCCACAAGCCGGAUCCAUCACAAAGAAGGCGUCCUUCUCGAAGCUCGCCCGCCGCCGUCGUGAUCGCCACGCGCGCAGCUCAAUCGAGGUACACCCCAACUCGCCGGCCAAGUUCCAAGCGGACCUGCUCAAGCGCCGCGCGGCCGCGCCUAAGCCGGCGCCGGCGAUAGUCGAACCUCUCCCGAGAUCCAAGUCGCUCAAGUCUCGUCGAUCUUUCUCGACCCUCGGUGAACGUCGCGACGGGCCUGCACGCAGGUCCCUCGACGUCAAUGUGCACCACAACAACCCUGCGGCGUUCCAGGCGGACCUUCUCAAGGGAUCUGCACCUCCGCCUCUACCGUCGACGGCGCCUCGCGAGGCACCACUGACUUCCAAGUCGAUGACCUCUCUCGCCUCGCGUCGUCGCGACAAACAUGCACGUAGCUCGCUCGACCUCGUGGAGCAUCGUAACAACCCCAACGCUUUCCAAGCCGAGCUGCUCCGACGACCCACACGCGCCUCGCUCGACACCUCACGUUUGCCAUCUGGCGCCUUCCAAGUCGAUACCUACCCGUGCAGCGUCCGCCCUACCGCCCCGCCAAGGCAAUCGCUCGAUAGCGUACGACCACCACUCGAGGAUCAUAACCUGCCCCUGUUGCCAGCCAGGAGAAGCAGUAAGGUCUUCUCGCACCCGCUCACCCCGCCUUCGAACGUCACGAGUGUCCUCCGCGAGACGGUCGGCAGGAACGGUCUGGGUGAGUUCGGUAGGAUUGUCGAGGAGGACGAGGCGCGCGCUAGGGAGGAGGAGGAGCUGGAACACAUGCAGGUGGAGAUCAUGUCGGUGUAUGCUGGAAGUGUCAGUGGCCGCGGCAGGCGGAUGAGGGACGAGGUCGGAUUGGCAUUCUGA